AUGUCUGACACAGAGGAUAUUGUGGAGGAAUACGAGGAGGAUGAGGAGGUGAAUGAGGAGGAAGAAGUAGAGGAGGCACCUGAGGUGGAAGAGGAGGCUGAAGAAGAGGAGGAUGAGGAAGAUAAGGAGGACGAGGUAGAUGAGGAGGAGAGGGAACACAUUGAGGGGAGCGAGGGGGAGACCAAGCCACGGACCAAGUACAUUACCAACAUCGCUCCUCCCAAGCUACUCGACGGCGAGAAGUUAGACUUUGAUGACCUCCACCGCAAGAGGCUGGAGAAGGACUUCAAUGACCUGCAGAGCCUGAUCGAGAUGCACUUCUCCAGCCGCCAGAAAGAGGAGGAGGAGCUGGUGGCCCUCCGCAGCCGCAUCGAGCGCCGCCGUGCCGACCGUGCCGAGCAGCAGCGUGUGCGCGCCGAGCAGAACAUUGAGCGCCAGGCCCGUCUUGCUGAGGAGCGGACCCGCCGGGAAGAGGAGGCCAAGCUCCGCGCCGAGGAGGAUGCCAGGAAGAAGAACGUCUUCUCCAACAAGGCGUUCGGCGGCUACAUACAGAAGGGGGACGUGAAGACGGGCAAGAAGCUGACGGGGCGCGAGAAGAAGACCAAGACUCUGUUGGAACGCCGCAAGCCCCUCAACAUCGACCACCUUAACCAGGAGAGGCUGGUGGAGAAGUCCCGCGAGCUCUGGCUGUGGCUGCGCCAGCUGCACGCUGAGAAGUUUGACCUGGCCGAGAAGCUGAAGAGGCAGAAGUACGACGUGAACGUGCUGCGGAACGGCAUCAGCGACCACCAGAGGGGCUCCAAGGUGGCCAAGGCGACCCGCGGGGCGAAGAAGUUACGUUAG